AUGAGCCUCCCUGGCAAAAUACGGCGAGCCAGACCAGCUUCUGGCCUCUCCUCGCUGCCCUCGCUGUCCUCCCACCAUGUUGGGACUCGAUACGCUGCCACGUCAGACAAGACCGCUCGCAUCCAUGUAGCGCGGUCUGAUAUCAAUGGUGGCAACACAGCCACGAUCACCAUCUCGAAUCCUUCCAAACUCAACAUUGUCAAUAUCGAACUCCUCCAGGACCUCGCCGACCAAUGCCAAGAACUGUCAAAAGAUACCAGUCUUCGUGUUGUAAUUCUUACAGGCGGCCCAACAAAUGAAGGCAAAGCUCCUUCCUUCAUCGGCGGCAUGGACAUAGCAGAGAUGCAUCAGCUGUCGUCUCCAGCCGCUGCUCGCGAGCUCAUCACGCAUGUUCACAAGGCCUGCAAAGCUUUAAGAGACCUGCCUGUGCCCGUGAUAGCCCGUGUAGACGGCUUUUGUCUCGGUGCUGGGUUAGAGAUCAUGGCAGCAUGCGAUCUGAGGAUUUGUACUGAGGGUAGCACCUUCGGUAUGCCUGAGGUGAAGAUAGGUAUCCCUUCUGUUGUCGAAGCGGCACUCCUUCCUAGUCUGAUUGGCAUAGGCAGGACAAGGCGCCUGCUAUAUCUAGCCGAGAACAUCGACGCACCAAAAGCAGAACGAUGGGGUCUAGUAGAGAGUGUCGUGAGGUCUAAGUCCGAGCUUGACGAUGCGGUCGCAGAUUGGAGUGGCAAGAUCGCACAGAUGGGUCCGCUUGCAAUCAGAAGCCAGAAGCGCUUGAUGCAGAAGUGGGAGAACUGCACGGUGGACGAAGGUGUGCAGGCCGGAGUAGAGGCUUUUGCAGAAGCAUUUGAGGAUGGUGGCGAGGAGCCUCGACAACUGAUGGCACGCUUCGUCAAUCGUAGACGAUGA